ACCCUAACAAUAGCUGGCGAAUCUGAUGAACGGACUGGAUUUCACACGUAUUUCACGCUGGGCCCACGGGAUUUUGCUUGCAAGAACUCUCACGUCCGAUGACCCCAACCCCCUCUCUGAAGAUCCAGAGCCGAAACCCAAAUCUCUCUCUCUCUCUCUCUCUCUCUCUCUCUCUCAUGGCGCUGUUGCUGGGAGACGACGGGCGCGGCUACGAGCUGGCUCGGAAGCUGGAAGCCUGCGGCGUGUGGCGGUCGUGGCUGGGAGAAUCGAGCUACACGACCUUCCUCCAUUUCCUAUCAUCUCCUUCUUCCUGGGAUUCCUUGUUCAACGGAAGCAGCAGAUCUCAGCUCCACCUCCAGCUCAGGGCAAGAGCUCUCCUCUACGACAAAGCGUCCGUCUCUCUCUUCCUCCGCUCUUCUUCCUCUCCCUCCGCCGCUCCUUCCAAACUCAACCCAGCUUAUCUGCAGUUACAUGGCGACGAUGUGUAUUUUUCCUUGGAAGAUGAGUCACAAGAUGGGGCGAAUCAAGAAAAUGUUGUUCCGUCUAGUUCGGUACAAUCUAAGACACAAUCCAGAGCAGCAUUUGGUCUUGGUAAACUGAGCGAACAUUCUUUUGAUCGAGCUUCUGGUGUCGGGUCUAGAUAUGGUGAACCUGAGGUUGAAAAUGUAUUGCCAGUGACAUGGUAUGACCAAUAUGCCGAAAAGCAUAGAACUAGCAGACAACAAAGACUCCCAUCUGGGGACAAAGAACCACUCAAGCGGACACCUGAGGGAAUGUCCUCAUACCUUCGACUUCUUGAGAAACAUAAGAGAAGGCGACAAGCAUUCAAGGAUGAUCAGUACAUGGGAUUUGCCAAUCCCAGUUGGGGAAAUGGAUCCCAUAUUCAUCCAAAUGCUGUUUCAGAUGCAAAUAAUGCAAUUGAGGAUGAAACUUCUUUCUUCCCGGAAAUUAUGUUCCCAUCUGACUGCAUACCCGAUAGCGCGCUCCCUCGCAGUAGGCAGGAAGACAAUCAGAAAUUAGAGUUUUACAGUGUUCUUGAUAAUUUACCCCAUGUUACAAGCCGGAGUGCUGCAAUGAUUGAGAGGUUUGGUGUAAUGCCGGAUUACCUUAGGAUGGGAUUGGGGAGAAGUAACAGAGGAAAGAAUGGGCCUGAAGGGAACAGGAAAUCUCUUAGCCAAGAGCAAGCAUCUCAGAUGACUCAAAAGGUACUAGCUCGUGUGCUGGCGAACGUUGGCAUCGAAGGUGCAACUGAAGUUUCUAUGGAAGUGCUUUCUCAAUUUCUCAGCUGUCAUAUCAGUAAACUAGGCCGAAUAUUGAAAGUCCUCACUGAUAGUUACAGAAAACAAUGUUCAGCCACAGAACUUAUUAAAAUGUUCCUGCAAACAGUGGGAUAUGGGAAUCUUGGGGCCUUAUCAGAUCAACUGAUGGAUGGUAGCAAGGUUUUCUCUCACCAAACACAACAACAUGUACGGGGACCUCAAUCACAGCAUCAGAAUACACUCCUACAAGCCCAGCAAAUGCAAAGACAUAUGUCGCCUCAACUGCAUAUGUUUCAUCCCCAGAACUUGGCUUUGCAGCAGCAGCAGCAGUGGAAUAAACUGCAACGGCGCCAACCAUCCACUCCUCGAAGUGCUGCCGGUUUGACUUCCGAGAAGGACAGGCCCGUGGUGGAAGUCAAGAUUGAAAACACAUCAGAAUUGCCAAUAGAUGGUACAUUCAGUGCCAUUAAUAGACAACAAUUUCAGCUUAGGCAACAGCAGAUGCCCAUGGUCAACUCCCAUGCUCAAUCUAGCCAUCAGUUCAAACAGUUGACAUCUCUGCAAAUUCCUCAACUCCAGACACAAAGCAUGUUCAGUGUGAGGACACCACCAGUGAAGGUAGAGGGCUUCCAAGAAUUGAUGGGUGGGGAUGCAACGUCAAAGCAUGAUUCAGAGGAGCACAAGUUAACCUCCCCUUCGAAAUAGUUGGAUUGAAUCUCUCACCUCUGCAUCAUGCUGGGAUGAGUGAAAUGUACAUGGGCUGCCUCAUGCACGCAUGGAGCUUAAGCAAAUCUCUCUGACAAUAACCUUGUGGAGGCAGCAACGUUGUUCGACCAAGAUGACAGGAAGACAAUCCGGAAUUGUGGAUUGAUGGAGAUGGAAUUCUAUCAAAGAUAAUCUAGCAUUGCUUUGUGGUGUCUUGAAGAUCGUAGGUGAUUUCUAUGAUGAUGGCGGUUUUAUGGAGAGGUCCUGUCGAAAGGCCCAUCUAGGGUGCUAGAUGAACUACGUGGAGAACAGGCUGAGAAAUGGGGGAAGAUUUAUGACUAUCUUGGACAGUUUUUAGGAAAUUUAGACAGAUUUUAUUCUCUCUCUCUCUCUCUCUCUUUUUUUAAUAUUAACUGUUCUCAGGAUUUUGCCUCUAAAACUGAUUUUCAGGGUUUUGUAAUCAAGCAUUGUUAAGCCCACAGGCAUGUGCAAUAAAGCUCAUGUACACACCACACUCGUGCCAGCAUGGCAUUAUAGGUCUGAGAUCAUUCCAUCUGUUAGACUGGCACCACUAUGUUGAUGCCAAGAAUCAGGUUGACCCACUCGUCAGGUGGACCAACAUUUGCAAAACAAAUGAAUGGCUCCGAAAAACUUAGCUGAAUUUUUCUAUCCCAUUUGCCGAAUGUACCAGAACGAUUUUUGGAAAAGCAUGUACAAGAUCAAACCAAUAUGAUGGAUGGAUUGUAUCUCACACCUAUACAUCACCCACACGCAUGUUCCAUACCCAUGAGCUUUAUUGCACACUCGCGCUUACCAAAGCUCUUUGUAAUCUUUAGUAUCAUAUCCGGUAUUGAAGAGGCUAUGUUUUUCUAUGUUGGAAAUUAUUGGGGGAAGAGAGGGUUUGUAUCCAUUUUGAGACGUUUGCUCUACAAUCAAAGAAGGAUUUCUGAUCAUGUAAAUUCAA